UCGAACGACUCUUAUGUGGAUGCUGGAGGUGGUAAUGCGAUUACUUUUAAAGGCCAGACGGUCACGCGAAAUGUGAUAUUGCUUUCAAGCCUACAAAUGGCUGACUGAAAUCAAAAUCUCUUUUUCUUUGUGGUAAAGCCGAGAUUUUUGUGCGCUCCUUGAAUCAUCUUCAGAAUUUGUCACACUUUGACUUGAUAGUAACUUGAUGUAAUAUUACAUUUGAUCUUUCUUCACAUGAUUUGAGUUCACCAUCGUUCAGCUCGCCGUUGUGUCUGGCCGAUUAAAUAAGCUGAAAACCUUUUAUUUUUACCUCUGUCGGAUCAGGAGAUUCAAAGAAGUAUCAUUCUUCUUUCUACAACUAUCACGAUUUAUAAAUGUUAGAUAAUGGGCCUCUUUGAAUACUUCAGCUUGAUUUUGUUCAUCAUUACUACUCUAGAGGAUGUUUCUGCAGCAAGCAACCAAUCAUCUUUCCAAGUACUCUGCGACUUUGGCAGUUCGCUUUACUUGACAAACAACAAAGUUACAGUGAAUGGUUCGUUGACCUCACACUUCAAAAAUGCAAGGAAAUGUGAUGUGAAGGGCCGCAGCAAAUCAGCUAUCAUGCGUGUGACAUUAGCUGGGUUUAAUUCUUCAAGCAACAUUAGUGCACUCUACUCUAUGGUUCUUGAAAACUUGAAUGUCUUGUUUGUAGGGGUAGCUCAGAGCAAUGACUCGCAGCAUGUACAAGAGUUUCACUUCCACGCCUGCCCUCAGUCUUUGAUGCACAAGUCUGUAAGUGCCAUGGAUCUUGAACUACUGUUCUUCGGAGCUCCUGCAAAUGAAUCUUUUAAAUUAGAGGUUGAGUUGGAUAACUCAGUGUUAGCUCCUGGUGAAUUAACAGAUGUUUCUGUUCGCUCUGACGGUUUAACUGAAGUCAAAGCAUUUGACAUUACAGAGGAUCAGCUUUCGAGACUAUUUCAAAUUACUGUCUCAUCAGUUGAUGCUGAAAUGGAAUGUGUCUUGGUGGUGUCCCAGAGCUGUUUUGCAACACAAAGUAAAGGCCUUGCGGAAAAGAGCUCUGAUGAAGGAAAACAAGCAAUUCAACUCACCUUUACAAAUUCUGGACGCAUCACUUUAUCUCAGUAUUCAAGACCCAAAAUUAUGACAGGACGCUGGUAUAUUGGACUACGCAGCUCCUUCACUAAAAGAGAUAGCAUCAAACCGAAGGUGGUGACAGUAUCUGUGACUCAGGGGUAUAAGUAUGAUACCCUUGGAAAAGCACUUCCUGCUGGGUACAUGUGCCUUAUUACCAUAUUUGGUGGUCUUGCCAUAAGCAUUUUUGCCCAUUUCUUUCUUAACUCUGACUUUGAGAAGUGCAAGGCUCCUUUUCAUUUGGAGAAUACUGCUUCUGAAUUAAGAGCGAGGGUGCCAAGCGAGGGCAUCAUAAAACAUGUUCCAGAGCCAUUACCAUGGAAAACAAUCCCACUGAAACGAUGGCUGCAAAUUAUUAGCUUUGCAUGGUUUAAACAUGGGAUAAAGACAUAUCCCUACUUGACUGGAGUUCUUGCUAUCAGUUUCAUGGUUGGCUCGGCCCAGUUUGUGAUUGCGCGCUGGUCAAACAUGAUUGAAGAAGGAAAUCGCGAUCUCUGCUAUUACAACGAGCUUUGUUAUCGACCAAUUGCUGUAGCUGACCUUCCUUCUAAUUUCAUGCUUAGCAAUGUUCCCUAUGUCAUUCACGGUAUCUUCUUGGCCUUGUCAUUUUCUCUUAGGGAAGCAAUCACUUUUGAUGUCAAUAAAUCUGGUCACAAGUAUGUUAUGAGAGGGGCAUGUGCCAAACAUUUCAGACCAUAUGAUUACUCUGUGGCAUAUGCCCUGGCAUGGGCAUUGGUCUUUGAAGGUCUGUUUUCAGCCACCUAUCAUCUCUGUCCUUCUCGACUCACGUUUCAGUUUGAUUCUGCUUUCAUGUUUAUAAUCUCAGGUUUAGUUGUGAUUGCUCUUUACAACUGCCGUGUAAGAAGUGAAUCUCUACUAGAUGCAGAUGAAGCAUCUUCAAAAUCCAGUGAAACAACAGUCCAGGCACCUAAGUAUUUCUUGUUCUUUGUGGCGCCAUUGCUGGUGUUUAACUAUGUUGGUUCAGUGCGGGAUACCAAUGGUCUUCCACAAUUUGUUGAAGUUGCAUACUGGAUUGCUCUGGUUUUUUGGUUGGUGGUAAUGUAUAUGUGGACUUUCAAGAAAGUUGGUGUGCCAUGCAGAUGGAAGAACUGCAGCAAUGAUGAGAAAUGCUGGUCAGUGGAAGCUUUUGUAAAGUGGACCUGGAUAAUUGUAUUCCCACUCUGCUUGCUGAUUAUUGGUUUUAAACAGAAAGAUGACUGGUCUCAGUUUUUCUUGUUUUCAUGUGUGGCUGCAGUGGCCCUGAGUAUUGUUGGCCUGAUGAGCUUUGAUGUGGCAGUGUCUUUUAAGAGGCAUAGAUCUGUUGGUGGAAAUUGCUGGAGUGGGAUGAAACAGCUUUGCAGCCUAAGCCAAAUUUUUGAGCUCCUUUGGAGCAACUGGCAUCGUUUGCUAUUCAUGCUUGUGAAUUUCCUCUUCUGGGUUUUCGCCAUGUACUUUUUCAAGAUCAAGUCAACCACAAAGAAAACCUCGGCACCAAGCUUCUCACGUACUCGCAAUGAAGAAUGCAUCUUGUGGGACUUCUUCGAUUACCAUGACCUCUGGCACAUGCUGUCUUCAUUUGCCUUGUUCAUGAGUGCAUAUCUGUUGAUUUAUGUCACCAGAAAAGUGGAGAUCUACUACUGGGUGGAAAACUUGUACUGGAAAAAUAAAACAACUGAAAACAAUGGAACAUUGGGAAGUGCAGAGAAGAUUGUGUUGCCAAACCUUGACGCAGAGUCGAUAGAUGCUCCGCACGAUCGAAGAGCGUCGAUGGCAAGUAAUGCUUAGACCUUCGUGAUUGGAAGAGAUCCUUAUAUGGGGUAGAAAAGACUGAUGAGGCCUUGUCAUCGAACUUUUUUCUUCAUGUUACUGCGUGCAUACAUAGUAAGAAUGAUAUAUGGAGAUGUAAAUAUCAGAGUGAUAACUUCGUUGAAUAGUCGAAGAACUUUCAAUGUUUGUUAAAGGUUUUGCGUUAUACCAAAAUUAAAGCUCCAAGUAGGAUAGGUUUGAAGGAAACGUUACCAGUCGUUUAACGUUAAAGCUAGGAUACACCUGAGGUAGAAGCUCUGGCAAUUUUUUUCUCGUCGAUGGGCGGCUCCUCAGUUUAGUACAUUAACCAAUAAACCGCAGGACAUGUUCUCCACAUGUUUCGGCAAGACGAAAUAGAAGGCUUGUGAUAUUCUAUUUCUUUCUGUUAAUUGUCCAGGUAAUUAAACCAAAUUGACAGAAGAGAGAUAGAGUGGAAUCGGUGUUAAACACAUACCGAUAGCGUUAUUUAUUAGGAUUUAGGUUAGUCAAGCUCGUACGUUUUGUAAUUCUGAGAUAAUCACAUAGCGAAAAAUGACAAGUUUUAUGGGUUUUCUGUCUGUCGAGAAAACUUUUUGAUGGCCAUUUUUCUUGUAAUACUUAGUCUGUUCCAUGGUAAUGAAGUUGUUCAAAUAUUUUUGUUAGGCAAUUGAUUGAACCAAAAUAGUAGUCUGUUCCAUGGUAAUGAAGUUGUUCAAAUAUUUUUGUUAGGCAAUUGAUUGAACCAAAAUAGUAGUCUGUUCCAUGGUAAUGAAGUUGUUCAAAUAUUUUUGUUAGGCAAUUGAUUGAACCAAAAUAGUAGUCUGUUCCAUGGUAAUGAAGUUGUUCAAAUAUUUUUGUUAGGCAAUUGAUUGAACCAAAAUAGUAGUCUGUUCCAUGGUAAUGAAGUUGUUCAAAUAUUUUUGUUAGGCAAUUGAUUGAACCAAAAUAGUAGUCUGUUCCAUGGUAAUGAAGUUGUUCAAAUAUUUUUGUUAGGCAAUUGAUUGAACCAAAAUAGUAGUCUGUUCCAUGGUAAUGAAGUUGUUCAAAUAUUUUUGUUAGGCAAUUGAUUGAACCAAAAUAGUAGUCUGUUCCAUGGUAAUGAAGUUGUUCAAAUAUUUUUGUUAGGCAAUUGAUUGAACCAAAAUAGUAGUCUGUUCCAUGGUAAUGAAGUUGUUCAAAUAUUUUUGUUAGGCAAUUGAUUGAACCAAAAUAGUAGUCUGUUCCAUGGUAAUGAAGUUGUUCAAAUAUUUUUGUUAGGCAAUUG